AGGAGGCCACUGGAACUGUCAAACGGGAAUCAACAAGAAUUUCUGGUUCCAAAUUACCAGAUUAGCCAUCGGUUCUCCGAUCAGGACUUACGGAUAUUUCGUUUUAUUGUGGAUUAGACAAAAUAUCGAGAAAUUAACAAAGAGCACAGAAGCAUUGUGAAUUGUUUUUAGCUUGGAGUGUAAAAUAAGCCGUGAAAAUAUUCAUCAGAAAAAUCGAUUUUUGACUACAGCGAAUAGAUAGAUCCACCGAACUGUAAUUCAACAGGGAGGAAUUGCUUCUUGAAUCUACUGUCACAGAAACAAAAUGGCUAACAUAGCGUACGUCUGCUGAACUACAGAGGCAGUUUGUCGUUUUUUUAUUAUUUAUUUUCUUUUGAUUUGUUUUGGAUUGAAGGAUUAUCAUGGGAACCGUCCUCUCCUUUUCACCAAGACCACGUAAACCAUUGUACGAGGACAUCAAUCUCAACAACUUUAAUUACGAAGUCCUGAAUAAUGUGAAAAACCAAGCCAAGGAGAAGAAUUUUAAGCGACACUCGAUUUUCCUGAGUGCCCUUAGUUGGAAAAAGUUCACUGUAAAUCCCAAAAAGAAGGACAAAAAUCAAAUCAAAGUUUCCAAUUCUGCGUUUUUGGCAAGUAGUAAAUUUGAUAAUAAUUAUAAUUCUGAGAAUAUCAACUUGAACAAAAAUAUACAGAAGUCGAUAUCGUGUUAUAAUCUGAAAACUGGAUCGGAAGAACCCAGUCAAGUGAUAAAUACCGUCAAAACAGCGAAAAAAACAGAAAAAUGCGCAAGUCCCAAAAGAACUGUUAUACAAGCAUCCACAUCGGAGCUGCUGAAAUGCCUAGGAGAGUACUUAAAGAAGAAAUGUAAGAAAAUUCGUCAUUUGGAAGGUAGUGAUGUCAUUUUAUGGAUGAGAACCGUUGAUCGUUCGCUUCUGUUACAGGGCUGGCAAGAUAUCGCGUUUAUUAACCCCGCCAACGUUGUGUUCGUCUAUCUGUUGAUACGAGAUAUGGUAAGCGGUGACAUUGAGAAAGAGCAGGAACUCCAAGCCACAGUGCUUACGUGUUUAUACUUAUCUUACUCCUAUAUGGGCAAUGAAAUAAGUUAUCCUCUGAAACCUUUCUUGGUUGAGGAAGACAAGGACAAGUUCUGGGAUCGUACCAUUGUUAUUGUGAACAAACUGAGCUCCUCCAUGCUCCGAAUAAACAGAGACCCAAGUUUCUUCGCCGAGAUCUUUACCGAAUUGAAGUCGUAUUCCCCGUGUGUAUAAAUACAGAUUAAAGAUACGUUAUUUUGUACACGUGUAUUAUAACUUAAAUUUGGAGUAUUAAUAUUAAUACUCCAUAUAUUGUGUGUAAGAUAGAUAUAUAUAUAAAUUAUUUCAAUCUCCGAAAACAAUGAAUUAAUUUAAUUGACCUUUAUUAAGAAUUUUUAACAAAAUAUUUAUUAGCAGUUUUAAUUUAUAAAUUUUUAAUUGUAUAAGGUCGAGACCAAACUCUUAUUCGGUUCUGUACUUAUGUUUGAUUUAUCCAGGUCAUGUGAAGAUGUGUUUGAAUGCUUGAUAGCUUGUCUGUUGAUUGUUUGACUGAUCUGAACCUUUAACGAACUUGAAGUAUAUUUAAUAUUGAAUGCGCAUGAAUAAUCAAAUAUUUAUGAAUCAAAAUUAAUCAAAUUAACAGCUUGGUUAACUGUAUAGCUAUAAGCUUAUUUAGAAAUCUAGAUAUUUUCGAAUAACUUAACGUGAACACGUAUAAGAAUCGAUUUUUGAAAAGAAAAAACAUUUAUAACGGCGAUAAAUGUUUAAUGUUGUUUAUGAAAUAUUGGUUUUGAUUACAAUUAAUUAGUAAUCAAAUAUUAAUGAAUCAAAAUUAAUCAAAUUAAUAGCUUGGUUAACUGUAUAAUUAUAAGCUUAUUUAGAAAUCUAGAUAUUUUCGAAUAAUUUAACAGUGGCGAACACACAUAAAAAUCGAUUUUUGAAAACAAAAACGAAAAAAAAAACAUUUAUUAACGGCAGUAAAUGUUUGAUGUUGUUUCUGUAAUAUUUUGAUUAAAAUUAAUGUUCAGGAAUUCAAGUAUUAUGACACAUCAUAGAAAAAAAUAUCCCAAACUCUCCAACAGAAUUCCAGAUUCAUUGAUUUUAAGUGCAGAGCUGUAUGAAAAUGCAAGGUUAACAAACAAAACAUUAAGCAAAAGAUAUUAUUUAUAAAGGAGUUAUCUGUUAUUAUCAGUCCCAGCUAAAUGUGAUUUAGAUUAAAGAAUGCGUUGUGCUUUGAUUAUUUAUGAUGGAGAUUAGAAUUGGGCUAAAGAAUGGCCGUUAUCAAUUCUCUUCCCUUGAUGAUUUCUGCUAAUAUAUAACGAGGUGAAUAUCGAUUUUUAUCGCCAUUUUACCAACACGCUCCCCGGUAAAUCGAUUUCUUUAUCGGUCGACAGACUCCAGUGUAAAUUAUUCCACUGUAAUUGAAGGAAUCGUGCCAAACCCACUCUGUCGUGUAUAAGAAUGCAGAUGCCCAAUUCCAAUUUUGAUUAACGGUUAUAAUUUGAUGUGUCUCGCCGCAUGCAUAUUGGCGUUUGUUUUCGGUCGUUAUAUUAUAUCAACUCAUCAUAGUCCAGAGUUGGCUAAAUAUUUACUGCGUGGCUCAAAUAUCGACCCAGCGCCAUCAGAGAUUGGUAUAAAUAACGGUUAAUUACGGUUAACAAACUGCAGAUGUUUUUCGGGGUGUUUUUUUAUUAUUUAAUCAAACUGAUGACUACUUAUAUAAACCUACGUCUUUCCUUAUACGUUAUCUAUUUCUGAUGUCCAUCACAGGGGUGUGAUGAGAGAUAAAAUGCAUUCGUUCUUGCUUUUAAUGUUUUCGAUAAAAUCUUAAAAUCUCUCCUGUCCUUUGUUUUUCUUUGUGGUGCAUAAUAACAAAUAUUAUAAUAACAUAACUACUAUUUUAUUUUCAUUCUGUUUAUAUUUCAUGUUAGCGAAUAUAUAAUCUGUCCAUUUUGAGAAAUUAUUUUGUUCUAAUAUAAGAAAGAAAACAUGAAUCAAAUUUGGACCCGUUAUAUGAAAAAUUGUAAUCAUUAUGUACAGUAACGAUUGUACGUAAUGUAAACUUGUGUCGCGCCCCUGUGAAGGAGAGUGUGCUAACGACCUAGUUAUGUAGUCAUUAUUAAAUUUAUUUAUAAAGAGAUAAUCUUUUUUUUUUCUAUCUUUAAGACACUGAAAUAUAUAAAGACGACAGAAUCAUAUUAUAGUUCAUUGUUAUUAUUAUUGAAUAUUACUGUAAAUAACUGUAAAUAUUAAUAAGCCAUUGUAUAUAAAUAUUAUGUAUGACUGUCAUUAAGGUAUAUUAAGUUUUAUUGAUAUCAUUCAUCUCACUGUUUAUAUUUUCAUACGGCGCUUCCACCGAGUAUUAGAAAAUUUGCUACAAUUAUACCCAACCGUACUUAAAUGGAGCUUUCGUGCUUUCGAGUAAUAAUUUUGUUAUAUUGUCGUUAUUAGGUCCACUUUUUGGGUAAUGGUAUAAAUCUUUUAAAAUAGGUCAUGGGGGGCGGGGAGUAGGGGGUGGGGAGUGGAUUUGUUGCUAGAAGCAUACGGUUUAAUAUUCUAAAUUUGCACUACAAUACUUUCGGCCUCAGAGACAACUAAAUAUGAUAGCAGAGGAAAGGACUAAAAUGAAAUACUAAUUUUUUUUUUUAGCUACAACAAAAGAUAACUAUUGUUCACAUUGAAUGAAGAUUAUUAGGUCCAUGGGUUGGACUGUAGGUCUGCACCCAUUAUAAAUUUUAUCAAUUGAUAUUUUAAAGUUAUCAAUUCACAUUUUAAAUUUAUAAAUCUUUGUUGAAAAUUUUACACACUCUUCGCUCAUAUUAUUGAAUAAGCGCUACGCUUCCUAAUAUUCUUCUUGGGGGGUCACGUUCUCCGAAAAAGGCCUAAGGCUCUGCCAAUUUAAUUACGGUCGACAUGAAACUUGACAUGUUUGUUCCUUGGAUAAUUGCGCAUGGAUUGGCGGACUCUGAUUUUUGAAAUGAUGCCAAAAUUCUAAGAUGUUGUCGAUGACAUCAUGGUCGGUCCCUCGUUUGUUAUAGUACUUUUUUUCUGUUUUGGAUGAUUGGUGAAUAAAGUGAGAUAAGGAUAAAUGCAAUUUAAUUUUUAUCUGCCGUAAAAAUCCCAUUACAGUAAUUGAAAUAUGAAAUCGUGGUAAUUUUUUUAAUUUACUGGUUUAGUCUCACCUGUAUGCAUAUCACACUGGUUGUCUCUGAACUUUCGAUAUUAAAAUAUACAGAUUAAUUAAAUUGGUAGAUUAAUCCAAUUCGUGAUUAAAAUGUCACGGUUUAAAUUUUAAGAUAGAGAAUUGUUUAUCACAAUUUUUGAUGGUAUGAAAAUUUGACCUGAAACGUGUUUAGACUAUUACAAUUAAUAUUCCUAAUACCUCGCUCAAACUAUAGUCAGUUUUCAAUUUCAUUAUUAGAAUUAUAAACGAGAUAUCGUAUUAUACAUGUAUAUAAAAAUGGUGGGAUGGGGGUAUUUAAAAGACUUCUUUGUUAUCUUUUUUUAUAUUCAUUGAUUUCAAAAUGGCGUUUAAUGAAAGUAUUUCUGUUAUUAUUAUUUAUUGUAAAUGUUUUAUAUGAAUCCCAUGCUUGUACGAAUUGUUGAUCAUUGAUGAAAUAAAUCAAUGUUUGCUA